AUGUCAAAAGAAAAAGAAACGAAUAAACUUGCGGCCGAAACAAUUCUUCGAAUUGUGUUUGUACUAUUGAUGACAAGCAUAAUCAUCUUUUUGGCAAUUCCGAACAUCAAAAAAAUAGUACAACAUCAAGAUCCAUUAGUCGUAAUAAAUAUCGAGAACAAGACCACUGAAGGAAUUCCAAUGCCAAAUGCGUUUGUAUGUGGAGUGUUCAAUAACCUCAUCAACUACGUCGACUACAUCACCGUAGAGAAAAUUCCAUUAGGUAAAAAAGCGAUAAUGGUUGACGAAAAGUAUAUAUGGAAAAAUUACACAGCGAUACUUAAAGCUGGUGGUGAUUUAACAGAAGGCAGUGAAGAAGCCCCAUGUUUUAUUUUUCAACCUGAUGGAGCGCUUAAAUUUAAGUUGACAAACGAUAAUGAUUCCAUUGAUUAUAUUUCAAUUAACGUAUGGUCUAAAACAGCAAAUGUUACUAAUACCACGGCAGAUUUGGGGGUACUAUUUGGAUUUUGGAAUGCUGAGCGCGAUAUUAGUGUUAUAAAACCAUUCGUCGCCCGUACUGCAACAAUCAACCAUUUUACGUUUACAUCGAUAAUUCGAAAUGGAAUAAAUAACGAUAUGCAUCAGGAUUUCACAAUUAAUAUACAAAAUACGCUUCAAAUUGGAAGUUUUUAUGUUAAUCGCACACUUUAUGGUGAUGAUUCGAUAAUCGCAAAAAUUAAUUAUUCUCCGGAUUCGUAUAUGGUGACCAAGUAUACAGAAAGACAGCCAUACGGGUGGCUGGAUUUGGUUGGUACUAUCGGAGGUAUUCUUACAUACGCAAUCGGAGUUUGGGUCUUGGGGUUUAUUCAACGUUUUCUAUUAAGAAACUCUCCAAACGCAAAAAAGCAUCCAUUAAUGGAAAAAGAAGAAUUCAAUGAAGUAUUUACCGAGCCAAGUUUAUUACC